GGAUUUCACAUACGUUGUCUUCUACUGUCCCACACACAUAUCCGCUGAAAAUGAAGAAGGCUUGGUUCUUAAAUUUCUCACUGCUCAUUCUCCAUAUCUUCACUUCUUCGAAUGCAUUGGAUGUUACUCAAUUCGGAGCGGUUGGAGAUGGAGUUACAGACGAUUCGCAGGCGUUCUUGAAAGCUUGGGAAGCUGUCUGUAGCGGAACACGAGAUGGGCAGCUUGUCGUGCCGGCAGGGAUGACAUUUCUGUUACAGCCCCUGAAGUUUCAAGGUUCUUGCAAAUCGGCCCCUAUUUUUGUUCAGAUUUUAGGCAAUCUGGUUGCAUCGAGUAAAGGAAAUUGGAAAGGAGACAAAGAUCAAUGGAUUCUUUUUGCAGACAUUGAAGGACUUGUGGUUGAAGGUGACGGCGAAAUUAACGGCCAGGGUUCGAGCUGGUGGGAACACAAAGGCUCCAGACCUACCGCAUUGAAGUUCAAGAGCUGCAACAACCUUAGAUUGAGUGGAUUAACGCACGUAGAUAGUCCAAUGGCUCACAUUCACAUUAACGAUUGCAACUACGUGACCAUCUCAAGUCUCCGGAUAAAUGCGCCGGAAUCAAGUCCUAACACUGAUGGCAUCGACGUAGGCGGUUCAUCCAACGUUGUCAUCCAAGACUGCCUCAUCGCAACCGGUAUGAAAACUCAAUUUCUAACUACUUUUGGGGACUCUUGCGUGACAAACCCACAUUGA